AAGGUUCACGGAGAGACCUAGACGGGGGCCGCAUAAGCCCCAAAUCCGAAGGGCCGAAAUCGCGAGGGAGGAGGAGAGCGAGGCGGACAGAGGGCGAUGCUGCAGAUCCGACUGAGCAAGGGAUCGGCGGGGGACGGAGGCGGAGCGGCGGCGAAGCCUCCCCCGCCGGCGGAGACGGUGACGGUCGCUUGCCCCGACCACCUCGUCAUCGCCGACCUCCCCGUGGCCAAGAGCCUCGGCGCGGUCACCUCCUCCGCCGCCGCUGUCCGGACCGUCGGCCGCCGCUCCCGGCGCAACCUCGGCGAGCGGGUCCACUUCUGCGUUCGUUGUGACUUCCCGAUCGCUCUGUACGGCCGCCUGGUGCCCUGUGAACAUGCUUUCUGUUUGACAUGUGCAAGAAGUGAUGCUAGCUGCUACCUUGUCUUUUGCAGCUGCGAUGAACGUAUCCAGAAGAUCCAAUCUAUUAAAAUGAUGGAGGGCAUUUUUAUAUGUGCAGCUCCCCAUUGUCUUAAGUCGUUUCUUAAAAAAUCAGAGUUCGAAUCUCAUAUCCAUGAAACUCAUCCCAAUCUUCUUCAAUCCAAUACCAAGAAGGAAGGUAGCACUGAGGAGGAGGCUAGAGCCUCAUCUACAGACACUCAUAAGCAAUCAUUUCUGCAAGAGAUAUCCACUGCACGUGCUCCUCCAAAGUCAGGCUUCUCGCCCGGUACAAAUUCCCAGCAACAGGAUCGUGAUGAAAGGGCUUAUCGUCAUCAGUCUAGUGAUCAUCCACCCUCCAUGGUGCCACCGAAUUUGAAGCCAGUGCCAUUUCAGAGCCCCCACCAGCGCCAGCCAGGUGAUGUGCAGGCAGACAAUAACCCACCUCAAGGCUUUGACAAUCCCAACAGCUGGAUCAAUCAACCCCAAAGCUUUAUGAGCCAGUCUGGUCAUCCGAAUCAGCAAGUCUCUGACCAGUUGCUCUCUGAGAAACACGCAGGGAAUCCUUCACAAUCUUCAUUCUCAGAUUACCCACCACUGCAACCACCUUUGCCACCGAACUAUCAAUUACCUCUGAAUGCCAACCAGGCCGUAGUUCCCCCUGCAACAUUUAGCUAUCCUCUUUCUGCAGAAGGCUCUCAGCAAUAUUACAGUGCUCCCUAUGAAAUUCCACGCCCAGAACUGAUGCCAGCAGGUGGGCCAGCACAGGGGUCAGUAUUGGGAUAUUCUCCUGCUCCAGCAGGGAUAGCAAGUUUUGCAGGCAGUGUUCCACGCCCAUGGGGCGCUGGCCAGAUGGUUGUACCCUUGGACCGACCCUUCAUGUUAACUCAAGGGCUUCCAGAAGCAUACAUGAAUCUGACUGAUUCUCAGGGAAGAAUUCAGUCCUUGCAAGGUGAUGGCAGUCAGCUUGCUGGAGGAUGGCUGCUGAAUCAUUCUCAAAUUGGUCAGGAAUCACAGCUCCAGGGUGUUUCAGCUGUUAAUAGUGAUAACAAGGGUGUUUUGGCUCAGCUGCCACAGCCAGGAGCAUUGCAAGCGUCACUUCCACCGCCACCUCCACCUCCACUGCCUCUGCCCAUGUCUCAGCAGCUUAAUGCAGGAAAUUUCUCCAGUUUCUGCACUGCAAACCAAGAGGGCCAGCGCUAUGGUUAGUAGGAUUAUGGUCAUGGUUUUGCCAAUUGUCCGUAAUAGUACUUGGCUUAAAACCAUGUUGUUGUGUUUCUUUAACACAUGGUCUUUGCUUUUGUUAUAUGUGCUUUGUAUCAUUGUGACGCCAUCCCCGGUCCUUAAUUAGUGUUUUGUGCAGUUGAAUGUCUUUUUCCUGCAUAAUGCUUGUGAUGUUAAAAAGGAAUGCUUUAUUCAGUGCUUUGUUCAAAUGCCUAAGUUUAUGGUUCAA